UGGACAACCUCUCAACGCAGAAAAGUACAAAUUUACCAUCAAACCACGGAACGAAUUUCUGCAUUUUCGCCUCCCCCAUUUCCUACCUUCUGUAAUUUUGCGUCUGCGAAAAAAAAGAGAAAAGUAGAAAUUAGAAAACCUUGAAACUCCAUUAGCAAAACUCUUAGCUCAGUAAACCAACAAGAACAUCAAAGAUGUGGCGCUGUGUCACUCGUAAUCUUCGUCCUCAUUCAUGGAAAUCUUCUCCGAUCUCUUCUCAAUCUCCUUUUUCUAGAUUCUUUUCUAGUGCAGGAGGGGCGAGUUACACUGUGGUAGACCACACCUACGACGCGGUGGUCGUCGGAGCAGGAGGUGCUGGUUUGAGAGCGGCUAUUGGAUUAUCAGAACAUGGAUUUAAUACCGCUUGCAUUACUAAACUUUUUCCUACUCGUUCUCAUACUGUUGCUGCUCAGGGCGGAAUCAAUGCUGCCUUGGGUAAUAUGACUGAAGAUGACUGGAGAUGGCACAUGUAUGACACUGUCAAAGGAAGUGACUGGUUAGGUGACCAAGAUGCCAUACAGUAUAUGUGUAGAGAGGCACCAAAAGCUGUUAUUGAGCUUGAGAAUUAUGGUUUACCAUUUUCUCGUACAGAAGAUGGGAAAAUAUAUCAACGUGCAUUUGGUGGUCAAAGCUUGAAUUUUGGCAAAGGGGGUCAAGCAUAUCGGUGUGCUUGUGCUGCUGAUCGAACUGGACAUGCUUUACUACACACUCUGUAUGGACAAGCUAUGAGGCAUAAUACGCAAUUUUUUGUGGAAUAUUUUGCAUUGGACCUUAUUAUGGAUGAUGAAGGUAGUUGCCAAGGUGUAGUUGCUUUAAAUAUGGAAGAUGGGACAUUGCACAGAUUCCGUGCUAAAUCGACGAUUUUGGCUACUGGGGGAUAUGGCCGAGCAUAUUUUUCUGCAACCUCUGCACAUACAUGUACUGGAGAUGGCAAUGCGAUGGUUGCUCGGGCUGGUCUUCCGUUGGAGGAUCUUGAAUUUGUCCAAUUCCACCCCACUGGAAUAUACGGUGCUGGAUGCCUGAUCACAGAAGGAUCCCGUGGUGAAGGCGGUAUUUUGAGAAAUAGCGAGGGUGAGCGAUUUAUGGAAAGAUACGCUCCAACGGCUAAAGAUCUUGCUUCCAGGGAUGUUGUUUCUAGAUCUAUGACAAUGGAAAUUCGAGAAGGCCGUGGUGUUGGACCUUUGAAGGAUCAUAUUUACCUUCACUUGAAUCACUUGCCUCCAGAAGUACUUAAGGAAAGACUUCCUGGUAUAUCCGAAACAGCAGCUAUUUUUGCUGGUGUUGAUGUUACAAAGGAACCUAUCCCUGUCUUGCCAACUGUUCAUUAUAACAUGGGUGGGAUCCCGACAAACCACUAUGGAGAGGUUGUCACCAUAAAAGGUGAUAACCCAGAUGCUGUGGUUCCUGGAUUAAUGGCUGCUGGUGAGGCUGCUUGUGCAUCAGUUCAUGGUGCCAAUCGACUUGGUGCUAAUUCUCUUCUUGACAUUGUUGUUUUUGGUAGAGCUUGUGCCAAUCGAGUGGCUGAGAUCAAUAAACCUGGGGAAAAGCUGAAACCUUUGGCUAAGGGUGCUGGAGAAAAGACUAUCCAGUGGUUAGACAAAUUAAGAAAUUCAAAUGGUUCUCUUCUUACUUCCCAAAUCCGCCUGAACAUGCAACGAGUGAUGCAGAAUAAUGCUGCUGUCUUCCGCACACAGAAUACAUUGGAAGAAGGUUGUCAAUUGAUUGAUAAAACAUGGGAGAGUUUUCACGAUGUUAAAGUCAAAGACCGAAGUUUAAUAUGGAAUUCUGACUUAAUAGAAACCUUAGAGUUGGAAAAUUUGUUGAUCAAUGCAUGCAUCACUAUGCACUCUGCGGAAGCUAGGAAAGAGAGCAGAGGAGCUCAUGCUCGUGAAGAUUUUACGACAAGAGAUGAUGAGAACUGGAUGAAACACACUCUAGGAUAUUGGGAGAACGAAAAGGUUAGAUUAGAUUAUCGACCAGUCCACAUGAACACAUUGGAUGACGAGGUGGAGACUUUCCCUCCUAAAGCUCGUGUAUAUUAAUUUGCUCCAAUCCUGAAGAAAACCCUAACCAACAAGUAAGGCAAAUAUAUUUAUAAAUUAGAAUGAUAGAGGAAUUGAGGGGGUGCUGGGGUGUUUCAUUUUUUCAUUUGCUGCAAGAAGGGUGUCGUCCUUCGAUGAGUUUAGCUAAACGCUUUAUGCAAUAAUGGUAUUGAUGAUAGAUUUUGUCCGUCAAAUUGUUCUGGUGAAAGGAAUACUGCAAUGAAUUUGUAUCAAACAUUUGUUAUUGAUAGAUGUCCGCCAUUUUGUAUUUCAUUGAGUUAAUAAGAAACUGAGAUUGAUCUGCC